GAAAGGGUGCAGAGGAGAUUGCCUGCGCAAUGAUCACUUUUGGUUUUCAUGGGAAAGAGUAAACAGUCGACACCUCCCCGAAGUGCCGCCUGCUUACUCCUUUCCGUAGAUGCUGUCCCGCCGGAUGAGUUCCUCCAGCAUUUUGUGUCUGAUUUCCAGCCUCUGCAGAUAGUCUCGUGCUUGUUAAACUUUCCAUGACUCCAUCGUCCCAUGUGUGGUCAAGGAAGGAUUAGUGCCGCAUAGCCCAACUCGCUCGCGAACCGGCCGGGUUUCGAAAAAUUUGAACUUCUUACAUAGACCGUACAGUUUUGUUGGCAGCUAGGUGGAGCCUGCCUUACGUUCCGCCAUUCGUUUCAGGCGAUUCAAUUUCUUAAGAGAGUGACGGGAGAACCAGAGAUACUAAAUUCUGGAGAUGCUGGAAAUCCCGAGCAAUACACACAAUGCUGAAGAACUAAUUUCAAUGAUGAGAAACGAUCUCGCUGAGUGAACAAAACCGUUCAGAAGUUUUUGCUGCAAAGUUUAACUUGUAUUAACUUCCUGACCUUUAUCUCAAAGUGCAGACUGGUUAAGGACUGAAAAUUCUCAUUGUCGGGAGGAUGAUCUUCUCUUCCAUUUUGAAGAAAUUUCCCAGUUACAGAGAUAUAAAAUAAAUUUGAGGAGAAAGGCAACCUCAUUUCUAGACUCCAAAGCAUCAGUUUAUAAAAACAUCAUCUGACUCAAUAUAAUCGCUGCUCCACAUGCAGUGGUUGUCUAUAUUGUAUUGUUGAUCAAUCUGCCUGCCUACUGAAAAACAUUAAAAGGUGACUCGAUGUCACAGAGACUUUCAAAAGUACUGGCUUGAUUUGGAAGAAAACAAUGGCCGAUUCAUCACAAUCUUUCUGAAAACUUCAAUUACUCUAUCACGUAGAGUCUGUUUCAUCAAAGUACUCCAGAACAGAGCUGGGGUUACUGCGCCCCCCUGUGAGUCAUACUGUUUGUUCAGUGCACAUUUGCCAUUAUUCACUGAUUCCCUGACGAGGAUCCAUUCCUUGUUCCUGAUUUUGCACUGCUAUCAAGCACAUUUCAGCAUGUUGGCCACGGUGAAGCCUGGGUAUUUCUUCUAUUUCUUGUCUUUUGCAUUGCUGCUGUUUACUGCAUUUAUCGCUAUCACGAACAAGACGUACCUUUUACAACACCAGUUCACGACACCGAAACAAUGCAGCUGCAAACGCUGUGUCUCUGAAUUAGGUGUGUCGGAAUGGUUUGACAAGCGCUACGUUUCCAACAUGAUGCCCUUCCUGACCAAAAGUAACAAAACUAUUCCCUUGGUGGCUUAUAAUUGGUGGAAGAGGCUUCAAGGUAACGCCAAUCAACCCAAUAUCAGCACUGUAUUAGAGGAACUAUUUGAGGUGUUUCCAGGAGACAGCCUGCCCAUGGACGCCGGACCAAAAAGGUGCAGGACAUGUGCUGUGGUAGGGAAUUCUGGGAAUUUGAUAGGAUCCAAAUAUGGACCAUCGAUUGACUCUCACAAUCUUGUGAUGCGGAUGAACCAUGCAAAGACCGUUGGCUACGAGGCGGAUGUGGGUAGAAAAACCACACAUCAAUUCAUGUAUCCUGAAAGUGCACAAAACCUAGCAGAAAAUGUUUCUUUGGUCCUGAUACCAUUUAAAAUAUUGGACUUACGGUGGCUAAUAAGUGCCUUUACCACGGGGAGGAUCACCCGUACGUAUACUCGAGUGUUGAAUAAAAUCAAGGCAGAUAGAGAUAAGGUAUUAGUUGUGAACCCACAUUUUUUUAAGUACAUUCAUAACAACUGGACUGAGAAUCACGGGAGGUACUCAUCAACAGGAAUGAUAACCCUAAUUUUUGCACUUCAUGUCUGUGAUGAGGUGGAUGUUUAUGGAUUUGGUGCCAACAAAUUGGGGCACUGGCAUCAUUACUGGGAGAAGAAUCCGGGAGCAGGUGCUUUCCGAAUAACGAAAGUUCAUGAUGGAGAUUUUGAAGCCAAUGUCAUCCAGACACUUGCCAAUAUUAGCAAAAUACAGUUUUACAAAGGUGCUUAAGCCUGCAAGAAUGUGACUCAUGUCCAGGCAAAUGCAUAUUGUAUCUAUCUGUAUUCAUUGAGGUGAUGGAAAUGGGAACACUAUCUUAAACUCAGGCAAAUAGAAAGAAAAACUACUCUAUACCAUAAUGUGCUUUAACUUUAAAUUUAAAAGGGCAUUCUUACUGUGAGAUUUUGGUGUUCUUCCGAUUUUUAGAUUCCCUCUAUCAUUUUGAUUCUAUCGAUUGUAAUUCUCAAUACCAGCCUAGUAAGAUAAUUAAGAUAUUGUGUAGCCAGCAACUCAGUUAGCAUCAUCUCAACUCUUCGCAUUCACCCUGAGCUUUGGUGAAGAAAGAUUGCCAACCUGGCAUGAAUUUUCGUUGCAAGUCUAGAAAGAUUCAAGAUUCAUUGGGGUCCUGUGCAUGGUUAUCUGGUUUUCUGGACAGAAUAAUUGAUUUAAACGUUUCAAAAGGCAGGAGAAAAACUCUCUUCUUGGUUUAGUGCCUUAGCAGCUCAAAAGUUGACUUGGCAACAUAUGCACAAAGGCAUCUGAUGAGGCUGGCGCUGGGACUUCAACAUGAUUCUUACCAUCCAGAUUUGCAGUUGGGUGAGAUUACCCAGAAUCACAUAUUAGCAUCCUGGAAUCAUAUCCUAGGUUGUCCUCAAUUCUAUAACAUUUAGGAGAAUAGUGAAGAUCAGAGAGUAAGUACAAGGAAGUAAAAAACAUGGACACAGUCCUGUCGUGCAACUGCACUAUGUCUAUAUGUUUAUAAAAAGGCUACUUCUUAACUGUGAUUAAGAAUUGUCAGUUAAGCUUUUUCUUCCAUUCUUGCUAUGAAUUACUCAGACAACUUAAUUUCAAGACUUUUGAGAUCUUGUGCAUUGAGGUGUUUAUGAGGAAGACUUCCCAUUCUGAUCUCAGCGUGAAGAAGUAUUCCUGUGCUGACUUACGACAGCUGCAAAGGAUACUCUUGUAGUUGUAAAGUGAAGGUUAAAUCAAAAGAAUAUUGUUAUUCUUCAAAACAACUUGCCUUACGUUCCCUAUUAAAGGUUAGCUGAGCAUUUAAGCAAAUGCAUCCUGUGGAAAAGGUAUUACAUCAGAAUUCAACUUCCUCCAUAAAAACUUCUGCCAAUAGUUUGAUUUUCUCCGUUGAAGUAAUAGCACAAAAUAUUUAUGAAGACAAGUCAGGACUUUGAUAGAACUGUAAUGUUCACAGGAGAACAUCCACCACAGAAAGAAUAAAAAUUACUUUAUGGACAGAAACAGGACUUUUAAAAAGAACAAAUGUUAAUGUUUCAUAUGUUAACAGACAAAUGGCCUUAAAAGGGUGGUAGAAGGAACUGAAUUUACUAGUCCAGUGAAGCUAAAUGCAUUUGAGGCAAAGAAAGGAUCUACUGUGCAUCUAAUCACAAACAAGAGAAAAUCUGCAGAUACUGGAAAUCCAAGCAACACACUAGAGCAGGGGUCAGCAACCUUUACCACUGAAAGAGCCACUUGGACCCGUUUCCCACAGAAAAGAAAACACUGGGAGCCGCAAAACCCGUUUGACAUUUAAAAUGAAAUAACACUGCAUACAACGUUUUGUUUUGCCUUUAUGCUAUGUAUAAACAAACUACAAUGUGUUGCAUUUAUGAAAUUGAUGAACUCCUGCAGAGAAAACGAAAUUACAUUUCUGCAUGCAACAAAAACAUUUUGAACUCCGAAAAAAAGAGGUUGGGUUUCAGGUUACUUUUAAGUAAAAUACUCAAUGUCUAUUUGAGUUCUUCUUGUAUUUAUGAAAAACGCCAAACUUAAAUUUGCCGCCAGCAGCAAACCAAAAAUAACGUCAGCCAGCUGUCAACCUGAAAAAUAAAAGGACUAUUUCACUGAACAAUGAAAACAUAUGAAUAUACGUAAAAUAAUAGGCAAUUAAAAUAUUUAUCAUACUUGUUCAGGUUGACUCACACCUGACAAUGCAGUCGUAUUCAGUAGGGAUGGAUCGAUGCUUAGGGGAGUGACCGGGAAGGAUAAUGUCUUUUUUUCCUCUCUGAACUCACAGAAGCGUUUCCCAAAUGAUGUUUGCAUUGCGAUGAUUGCAGAAUGUAAAUACUCCGAAUUUAUCAUGUCGUGACCUUGUUUGAACUCUCUCAAAUUGGGGAAGUGAGACAAUGUGCCUUUCUGUAAAUCUCUGGCAAGCACUGUCAACUUGCGCUCGAAUGCCAAAACAUCCUCCAACAUGUGCAGAGCUGUACGUCCUUACCCCGUUGAAGAGCUGUGUUCAGCGUGUUCAGGUGCGCUGUCAUGUCUACCAUGAAGUGUAGCUUUUCCAGUCACUCUGGCUGUUCCAGCUCAGGAAAGUUGAGCCCUUUGCUGCCCAGGAAAGUUUUCACUUCUUCCAGACACGCGACAAAGCGUUUCAGCACCUCCCCUCUGGACAGCCAGCGAUAAAAACACGUUGUAGCGGUGUGCUACACGCAGUCAGUAAACUGCAGUCAAAGAUAGCUUUAUUCGAACUAAACAGCCUUGCUUUUAAGCCUCCCUCAACCCGCCCCCCCAUGGGCGCGGAUGCUGCAAAAGACACGUACUCACAAACCCCCGUAGGCUAUCUCCCUUAGCCUGAACGCUGGCUAAUUGUGAGCCGGUUCGGAUGUGUCAGGAAAUGGGUCGCCACAACGUCUUAUUUAGAUUGUACAAGAUCACCAUAAUCUUCACAUUUAGAUUUACAUUUCAAAAACUAACAAACUAACAUAAAAUACAUUUUAAUUAAAUACUGACCAUGUAGCGGUGUGCUACACGCAGCGCUAAAAUUACGACACGGAGUCGGUAACUGCAGUCGAAGGAAAAAACUUUAUUCGAAAUCUUCAGCCUCACUUUUAAGCCUCCCUCAACCUGCCCCCCCAUGGCGCAGAGGCUCCAAAGCUCUGUGCUCGCAAACCCCCGUAGGCUAUCUAAUUGUGAGCCGGUUUGGAUGUGCCAGGAAAAGGGUCGCCACAACCAAUUAUUUCCCAAAGCAACAGGGAGCCGCAGCAUAGACGUAAAAGAGCCACAUGUGGCUCCGGAGCCGCGGGUUGCCGACCCCCGCACUAGAGGAACUCAGAAGGCCAGGCAGUAUCUAUAGAAAAAAGUACAGUUGAUGUUUCAGGCCAAGACCCUUCAGCAGGACUGGAAAAAAAAUGAGGAGUAGGAUUAAAAGAUGGGGGAGGGGAGAGACAAACACAAGGAACCUCCCUCUGGUGCUCCUCCCCCCUUUUCUUUCUUCCAUGGCCUUCUGUCUCUUCAAUCAGAUUGCUCCUUCUCCAACCCUGGAUCUCUUUCACCAAUCAACCUCCCUGCUCUUUACAUCAUCCCUCUCCCUUCAGCUUUUACCUGUCACCUUAUGUUUGUCUCUUCCUCCACCUUUUACACAUCAAGAGAGUUCAUAUUGAAAUAAGGUCUACCCUCAUAGGAACCUACUCAGAUUCACACAGACCCGUUGGGUCUUCAGAGUUAAUUCCCUGAAUUAACCUUUAAAAGCCUAGAGAUGAAGAAGUCGCUAACUAAACUUAACCAUUUUUCAGUGGAGGGGUAUUGUCACUAAUUUAGAUUCCAGGUAAAUUCUGACUUCACUGGUGAACAAGUAAUUUUCUAUCAAACAUAUUGUUGAGAGCCAACUUGACUUCUGUGGGUCCGUGAAUUAUUCUCAGAAUCAAAGGCUUUUACGGAAUUAUUUUUUAGUUUAAACUUAAUAAUGGAUGGAAUGAAAAGUAGGGUCCAGUUUUUGAAGUUGAGGUGAUAGGGGUGUAAUAAUUCUGAAUUCUCUUGAAUUUUGUAUUCUAUUGUAUAUUGUUUACUAUUUAGGAUUCAAGACACAAACCUAUAUUAGUAAUAUUUUAGCAUUACAAUAAGUUUAAUAUAUAAUCUAUUUAAUUAUCUCUAAUUAUUCAUCGCCUACUUUGGUGUUACUUUUUUGAAUAAUAAUAUGGGAAAUUACUUCAUAAAUUAGUUUAAAAUCAAAGUAAUUAUAUUGUGCAGAGAAGUCCAUUUGUAAAUGAAUCAUAUAGAACAGGGCUGUUCCAGCCCUUGUCCAAUUUUGAAAUGAUGAUAAUAUCAUUCAUGUGAAACGUGAUAAUACUGCCCUGUCAGGUGUCUGGUUUUGAUUAAUGUCCAGAAAGACUUCAUUGCAAGCUGUUGAAUUGAGAAUCAGUUAUAUACAACUAGGUAGAAAACAAAGAAUUCUACCAGCUUGUUGUAACUCUAUGACACUACUCUCUGGCUGUAACAAUACAGAAUGAGACCCUGGAAAAUAUUGACUGUGUCUCU